UCUCGGCCGUCGUCCCCGAGACGAAUGCAACGCGAGCCCUGUUGGCAGCGCUUACGCACACUCGCCCAGUUCAAGCAAAAUGCCGGACUUAUUUUGGCCUGCCAAAUUGAAUAUACAAUAUAGUACAUGUGUUACAAGAACACAUUUGUCCAUGUGGACCGACGGACAAACCGCUUUCGUGUAGUGAACCGCCAAUAAAUCGUGAUUGUGUGAUAAGUGAUAAGUUGUGGACAAGUUGAUAAGUUAUUUUAUUAACGAUGGAUUCGUGGGGCAUGAUCAAUGUGGACACAGCCACAAUUGCUAUCACCAGAGAUGAGAUGUCAUCGAGUUUUCGUCGGAAGCAAAUGGUGACUAUAGAAAAGCUUCCGGAUAAAGUUCUACUAAAUAUAUUUUCGUAUUUAUCACAUAGAGAAAUAUGUCGUAUGGCGACUGUUUGCAAAAGAUGGCGUAUGGUGGCAUACGAUACGCGGCUGUGGACUCAUGUCAGUUUAAGACCUGAAAUUUCUGGCUUACAUGUAGGGUCUCUCGAGUCUUUGCUGGCGCUGAUUUCAAUAAGAUUCGGACCAUCUCUGCGUUACAUAGAGCUGCCUAUAGAGUUAAUCACACACACAGUGCUACAUGAACUGGCGGCAAAAUGUCCUAAUUUGACACACAUGUUACUUGACUUCAGUACAGCCAUGCAACUGCACGAUUUCUCCGAAAUGCAAGCGUUUCCAACGAAACUACGGUACUUAUGUAUUUGUCUUUCGGAGGUCAUCUUCAUGGAGGGUUUUAUGAGGAAAAUAUAUAAUUUUAUAAACGGCCUGGAGAUUUUACAUCUUAUUGGUACAUACGAAAAGGUGGAAGAGGAAGAGGAGGAGAUCUAUGAGGUUAUAAACGUGCACAAACUCAAGUCCGCAACGCCCAAUCUACGCGUCAUCAACCUCUACGGAAUCAACUUCGUGGACGACUCGCAUAUUGACGCCUUCAGCUCUAACUGUAUUCAGUUGGAGUGCCUGGCAGUAAACUACUGCAACAAGGUGACGGGCUCCACGAUGAAGACGCUGUUCCAGCGCUCUAGGCGUCUCACCUGCCUUCUCAUGAACGGAUGCAGUCUUCAAUCAGAAUACGUAAUGCAAGUAGAGUGGGAGAAGUCUUCCAUCCAAGAGUUGGAUGUCACAGCCACGGACCUCUCCACCGAGUGCCUCAUCGACAUGCUCUCCAGGAUACAGAAUUUAAGAUUCUUGAGCGCCGGUCAGAUCAACGGGUUCAAUGAUUCAGUGCUCAAAGCUUGGAUUGAAGCUGGUACUGCUAGGAAUUUGGUGGCGCUGGACGUGGACUCCUCAGACAACCUGACCGAUGAGGCGUUGCACCGGUUCCUGUCGCGGCACGGCAGCCAGCUACACGGGCUGGUACUCAGCGGCAUGCCGCACAUCACCGACCAGUUGUGGCAGAGCGUUAUGCAACUGCUUACCAAUACAAAGAUACUCAUAAUGGGAACUCAGGAGCGUUUGGGAGUUAAUAUUCACGUUGAUCAGCUAAUGGACGGCAUUGCGAACAACUGCCCAAAUCUAGAAAGGCUGGAGCUACGCUGGGAUCCAGAGAACCUCCGCUUUAGUGACAAGAGUCAAAAGGCUAUCGAUAUUCUGCGUGUGAAGUGCCUCAAACUCAAAUGCUUGGUACUGAGCGAUGGUCGGUACUACGAGAUCGUGAAGGCUAACUUCGAGCGCGCGGACCGCACCACCGUGGUGCGCACUUCCACCAACUGCCGCGUCUCCAAUUACUACCUUCUGUCCAACUACAAAGAGCUUAUAUUCAACUAG